GAGCCUUUACAGUCCAAGUUUUAGACGGCAAGUCACAAUAGAAGCUAAGAAAAUCAUCAUUUAACUAUUUAUAUGCAUGGUCUCUACCUCAUGUAUACUCAACAACUACGAACUGUUCGCAGUAUUGCAACCUUUUUCUUGACAUUAUUUCAGUGCCGAAAAUGAAGCUACAGUGGAGGGAACUGCUCCUUGGAGCUUCCUUAGGCGGAGUCAAUGCUGUCAGUAACUUCAUGACAGAGGCGAUAAACUCGGAGCGUAUCUCUGGUUAUGGGCCAGUCGACAAGCCCUCAUGGGAGCCGGAAUUCACCGAUCAAUCACGUCCCCAUAAGGGAAUCCGAAUCCCUCGCGAAGAGUGGAAGUUGGAAUGCAGCAGUUCUGAUGCAAAAUAUCCGUGUCAGAGCGCGAUUGAUGGAACUAAUACAACUUCCUGGCGUAGUGGUUUGAGUUCAGAUGGACACAGCAUCAUAAUAGACUUGAAGAAGUACUACACUGUCAGUGCGCUUGUCAUUCUUCCUCCUAUUGAUACUAGAGAUGACGGCCUCAUUACUCAACAUGAAAUAUACGCCAGCAACGACAAGAACAAGUGGGAAGAGCCCAUUGCAUAUGGAAUGUGGCCAGACACAAACAGACAGCGACUAUCCGUAUUCGAGCCUACAUCCGCUCGAUACAUAAAGCUCAGUGUAAGUGCUGAGGCAGAGAACCCCUCCUGGAUAGGUAUCUCCGAACUCAAUAUCUAUGCGACACAAUACACCAUCCCUAGAGAUCCCAAGCUAGGUCUCUGGGGUCCGACCCUUGAUUUUCCAGUUGUUCCAGUUGCAGGGGCUCAAGAGGCCUCUGGAAACAUUGUCUUGUGGUCAUCAUGGGCGUCAGAUACGUUUCAUUCCACACCUGGUGGUCAGACGGCAAUGACCCGUUGGAACCCAUCAUCAAACGUGGUUUCAAAACGGAUUGUUACCAACACCACGCAUGAUAUGUUUUGUCCCGGAAUUUCCAUUGAUGGUACUGGGAUGAUGGUUGUCACUGGCGGUAAUGACGCCUCGGAGACCAGUCUAUACGAUUCUUCGUCUGAUCAAUGGGUCAAGGCACCUCCAAUGAGAUUACGUCGUGGGUACCAAGCAUCUACAACUCUCUCUGAUGGGCGUGUCUUUGUUAUUGGUGGCUCCUGGGCUGGAGGUUCAAAUGUUCCAAAAAACGGAGAAGUUUACGACCCCAUCAUUGGAAAUUGGUCGAUGCUUCCUGGAGCCACAGUUAAAGAGAUGUUAACUGAUGAUAUGGAAGGUCCAUGGAGAGCUGACAACCAUGGCUGGCUUUUCGGAUGGCGAAACGGGAGCGUUUUCCAAGCCGGUCCUAGCCGAGCCAUGAAUUGGUAUUUUACGGAAGGAAAUGGCAGUGUUCAAGCAGCGGGGGAUCGCUUAGAAGAUGAAGAUUCCAUGUCUGGAAACGCUGUAAUGUUUGAUGCGACGGCAGGAAAGAUUCUUACCAUCGGGGGGUCUCCUGACUAUGACAAAUCUUGGGCCACCAAUAAUGCCCAUGUCAUUACUCUGAAUGGACCAGGAGAAGAAGUGGAUGUUCGGCCGGCUGGAAAAGAUGGCGUGAUGCAUUCGGAAAGAGUCUUCCAUACAUCCGUCGUUCUGCCUGAUGGAACAGUUUUCAUUGCUGGUGGUCAGACAUUUGGCGUUGCUUUCAAUGAAGAAAACGUACAUUUUGUCCCCGAGCUUUAUGACCCGAAAACCAACACUUUUACCGAACUAUCGGAAAACAAUGUCGUUCGUGUUUACCACACACUAUCAAUUUUGUUACCUGAUGGAAGGGUUUUGAAUGCAGGUGGUGGCCUGUGCGGUAACUGCUCUGCCAACCACUAUGACGGUCAGAUAUUUACACCGCCUUAUCUCUUGACAGACGAAGGGAAGCUUCGCUCUCGUCCAAAGAUUACAUCAAAGGUUCCAAAGCAAAUGAACAUAGGCGAUACGUUGUCAUUGACCACAAGUGUUCCGAUCCGUUCCGCCUCCUUGAUCCGUAUUGGUAGUGCGACUCACACAGUCAAUACUGACCAGCGCCGCGUGCCAUUACCUAUGAACAAAUCUAUUUUUCGCAAUAAAUAUUUGACAUCUCCUCCAGCCGAUCCUGGUAUUCUCAUUCCCGGAUACUGGAUGCUGUUCGUCAUAGAUGAGCAUGGAACGCCCAGUAUCGCGCAGACUAUCUUUUUUUCCACAGAGAAAACAACGGGUUCGAGUAGGGAAACGCAGAGCGAAUGGGGAUAUCUUGAAUCCUACUGGCGAGGUUGGAAGCCAGCACUAGUCUCCCAAUCUUAUCGUGCAGGACGAGAAUUGGUCUAAAAUGACACUGGGCAUUUAUGUGCAUUGCGAAAUGAGAGUUGUAACAGUAUAAUAAGAUGGUUGGCAUGAACAAUGCUGCAACUUUGCUAGUGUAUGUAGUCAAUUCAUGAACAUAUAGUUGUGAAGACAAAGCAUUGCCACUGGCAUAUAGAGUGAACUCGAGAUGUAUCAAAGCCUUUUGAAGCGCAUGCGUCGGCCUCUUUUGAUUCAGGAUUGGCACAAGAGGAAGACUUUGGUGCAGACUACUGACAUCGUCCCAUACAAGUAAAUUUAAACAGUCGAAGUGAUUGCUUCCAAUUUAUCCCUGGCCGUGGUGAAAAAACA